UGUCAGUCGUCUAGUUCUAUAUUGUAAUGGAAUAAAGAAAAAAAACUUUUUUGGGUCAAAAGAACCCAAUUUCCCGGAGUCCGGGGCCCGCCGGGAUCGUUAACGGUGGCGUUGAUGAUUUGAUUGGCGAGAAGGAGGAUAAAGCGAUGUACCCACCUUCACCUCUACAACAAAACAAACGCAACAAUCUCAAAUCAACAAUCUUCAACCACAAGGCAAUUACAUUCAGCCUUUUUAUAUAACCCUUUUGUCUCUUUUGAUUCUGAAUUCGUUUUUGUUGUGUUGUGGCGAUUAGGAAUGAGUUUCUCAUCCAACCCACUUUCCCUCAGCGUUCCGGACGCCGCUUUCGAUUCAUGGCUUCGUGAUUCCGGUUACCUUGAAAUUCUCGAUCAGCGGACCUCUGACCUCCACCGCCAUUCCUCUGCCGCUCCCCCCGCCAGACCCACCCCUACCGCUGCAGCUCCUUUAGCCACAGGUUUCUUCAUCUCCCUCUUCUCUCGCAUCGCGACCCUUCUCUCCAUUUUUACUCUUAACCCCUUUGCCAAGCUCUCUGCUGCUGAUUUUUCUGGCCCGACCCCUUCCUGGACUACUGGGUUUGUUGGGUUUUUUGAGUCCUACUCAUUUCCUUCGUCGCCGGCUCAAGCUCGUCUUAGAGUCCACGAGAACGCCAAACGCUAUGCUCGCAAUUACGCUUCACUAUUUGUUCUCUUCUUUGUCUGCACGCUAUACCAGAUGCCUCUUGCCCUCCUUGGACUGAUAUCAUGUUUAGCACUUUGGGACAUUGUUAAAUUUUGUUGUGAUAGGUGGGGAUUAGACAAAUAUCCAGUUCUUUGGCAGUGUUUGGUUCGCAUUGCUCAAUGCGCGACUGUUAUCAUCCUUUUAUUUUCCAACUUUCAAAUGGCAAUCUUCUGUGCCCUUGGCAUUGGAUAUACAGGUAUGAUUUUGCAUGCUGCAUUUCGGAAGCUGACUCCCACCAAGCCCACAUCUACCGUAAGUCGGAAAUAGACAGUUACAGGCAAUGGUAUUUGUCCUCCUAUAUAUAAGUUAAGCCUAAUGCAAGGUACCAACAUCUGAUUCUGUUGAAGACGAAAAGUUCUAGUAAUGCUGAUCGCAAACUUGAAAGCAUGACUGAUGUACGUCAGCAGGCACCGUGCCCUUGCUUGAAAAUUCAUAUUACGGUGUGGGGCACGGUGACCAUCGUAUUGCCCAAGAGUUUCAUCUUCCUCUGUUAAAGGCUAGAACCAAGAAACAAGUCAAGCUCAAAUCUCGUUUAAUUUGUUUGUUUCAUUAGUUAAUGAAAAUUAAGUAUGGUUAAUUUUGUAGGUCAUAACACUACUACAUGAUAUUUAGUUCCAGCUUAUGACUUGUACCACAAAUGUAGCAUUUUGUGCUUACAUUUUCUAUGAAUGAGAGUUUAUCAGAUUUCAGGUGAA